AAAACACAACCUGCAGCCGAACCGCUUCAAAGUGGGAUAUAUUAAAUCACCUCUUCUAUACACAAGCGUAACUAGUACAGCCAGCAAGAUACAUGGACUUAUUAAGUGUUUGUUAUGGUCAAUGUUUUACCUGUUAGAAGAUUUUUGAUUUGCUAUAAGUUCUUAUUGUUUUAAGAUGUUUCCGAAUCAGAAGUAAUGAAAUAUGCUUAUUGGUAGGCUAAAGCUUCACCUGUACAGGGGUUUCAUACUAAUUAACAACUGUAUGAGUGUGAUCUCCGCAGCUACGGAAGUCCGACCAGUUUAUUAUCAAGGUGUCUGAAGAUCCACAGGCAGGAUGAUCUACAUCAUAAUGGGAGUUUCAGGCUGUGGAAAAAGCACCUUAGGGGCCUUCCUCUCAGAAAAGCUGGGCUGGCCGCUGCAUGAAGGAGAUGACUUCCACCCACAGGGGAAUAUUGAGAAGAUGGCUCGUGGUGAGCCGCUCACGGACCAGGACAGAUUGCCUUGGCUUCUCAAACUACAUGAAGUUAUUGAGAGAGUAAGGUGUUCAGGCUCUGAUGCUCUCGUGGUGUGCUCCGCCCUGAAGCGCCUGUACAGACAGAUCCUGCUCUACGGCUCCAAAGCCCUCCCUUCCCACCAAGAUAUCCUGCCUCCAACCUGUCCUGAUGUCUUUUUUCUCUUCCUCCAUGGUGACUAUGAUCUCAUUCAACAGAGGAUGGUGGCCCGGAAGGGACAUUACAUGAAAGCAGACUUGCUGCGCUCCCAGUUUGAUGUUUUAGAGCCUCCGUCAGAUGAGGAGAAUGUGUUGCCACUGGACAUCAGGUGGAGCAUCACUGACAUGUCCACGGAGGUCGAGAAGCACAUCGUCAGCCUCAGGUCGUCACCAACACCUUAAAACCUGAUGAUCCCAGCCGUCAUCACUGUCCUUAAUUAUAGCUGCCUCUGUUUUACAGUUCCAGUCAUGGUAUGGGUAUCAUAUGAAACUACUGAACCAAACGUACCUAAUGACUCCAUUGGUGCCCACCAUGGCACAAUAUCUUUGGAGACGGAAAAACUGACACAGCCAUUUACAGAGGGGUCCCUUGAUCUCUGACUUCAAGAUAUCUGAAGUCAGAUCUGGGUUUUCGUGUGAAUGAGAUAUAAAUCAGACAUUAGACAUUUUAGUGGACACAAGCAUUUAAAUAUAUUGUGGAAAUUAGCUGUUGAGCUUAUGAAGAGAUUUUGGUAGAAAGGUAAAACUUUGCAUUUUAAAGAUUAAACAUUUUACAAAUUG